GGAGUCAAAUCGAGACAUCCUUAUCUCAGCUUACACAGUGCCCAACCUCCUGAAAUCAGCACCCAAUUUUCUUGGGUUCCACCAUCCUCGCUUUGUUUAAAAGCAAUCUGAAGAAAAACUCGAAAACUUUCCUACAAUUUUCAACCAAAAAAAGCCACUAUCUCGUUCGGUCUUUGAUGGCGGAAAUACUUUCUGCUUUGAGGUCUUUAAUGGCCUCUCACUCUCCUCCUCUCCAUGCCUUAAUCGUCCCUUCUGAAGAUUAUCAUCAAAGCGAAUAUGUUUCUGAUCGUGAUAAAAGGCGCGAAUUUGUUUCUGGAUUCACUGGAAGUGCAGGUUUGGCACUUAUUACAAAAGAUGAAGCAAGGCUAUGGACGGACGGCCGAUAUUUCUUGCAAGCGAUGCAGCAGCUUAGUGAUCAAUGGCAACUGAUGCGUAUCGGAGAAGAUCCUUCAGUUGAUUCCUGGAUAUCUGAUAAUUUGCCGAGAGAGGCAGCUAUUGGGGUCGAUCCUUGGUGUGUAUCAGUGGAUACGGCUCAAAGAUGGGAACGUGCUUUUGCGAAAAACCAGCAGAAAUUAAUUCAAACCUCAAGCAAUUUGGUUGAUGAGGUGUGGAAAAACCAGCCACCCGCUGAAACUAACCCAGUUAUCGUUCAUCCCUUGGAAUUUGCUGGUCGUUCUGUUGCUGAAAAGUUGAAAGAUAUGAGAGAGAAGCUUGCUAUUGAAAGGGCUCGUGGAAUUAUUAUCACAGCUUUAGAUGAGGUGGCUUGGUUAUAUAAUAUCCGUGGGAGUGAUGUCUCUUACUGUCCAGUCGUUCAUGCAUUUGCUAUUGUAACAUUGAACUCGGCUUUCCUUUAUGUGGACAAGAGGAAGGUUUCAUCUAAGGUGAGCUCUUCCAUACAAGAGAAUGGAAUUGAAGUUCGGGAGUAUGGUGCUGUGAGCUCAGAUGUUGCGUUGUUAGCAUCUAAUCAGCUUGAUAAGGACACAGGAUUAAGUUCUGGUCGAAAUGAUGUUUGUGAAACUGGCACAUGUGAAGCAGAAGAAAACAAUAAUGAUCUUAUAUGGGUUGAUCCUGCUUCAUGCUGCUAUGCAUUAUUUUCGAAACUAGAUGCUAAGAAGAUGCUCCUGCAGCAGUCACCUUUGGCCCUUGCGAAAGCCUUAAAGAAUCCAGUUGAGUUGGAUGGAUUAAGGAAUGCACAUAUCCGGGAUGGUGCAGCUGUUGUGCAGUAUCUUGUCUGGUUGGAUAAACAGAUGCAAGAGAUUUAUGGGGCUUCUGGCUACUUCUUGGAGGGGAAGGGAGCAAGCAAAAAAAGAUCGUGCUCUGACUCUUGGUGUUUUUUCAUGCUAUUGAAUGAACCAAGCAGAGAGACUAUGAAACUGACUGAGGUGACUGCUAGUGAUAAGUUGGAGGGAUUUCGUGCAACAAAAGAGCACUUUAGAGGCCUAAGUUUCCCUACUAUUUCUUCGGUUGGUCCAAAUGCGGCCGUCAUUCAUUACUCUCCUCAGCCUGAAACAUGUGCUGAACUUGAUCCAGAUAGCAUUUAUCUAUUUGAUUCAGGAGCGCAGUAUCUAGAUGGAACAACUGAUAUAACUCGGACAGUUCAUUUUGGAAAGCCUUCAGAACAUGAGAAGGCUUGCUAUACCUCAGUUCUUAAGGGCCAUAUUGCUCUGGGAAAUGCUCGCUUUCCUAAUGGAACAAAUGGUCAUGCACUUGAUAUUCUAGCUCGAAUUCCUUUGUGGAGGUAUGGUCUUGAUUAUCGACAUGGUACUGGUCAUGGAAUUGGAUCUUACCUAAAUGUUCAUGAAGGGCCACAUCUAAUUAGCUUCAGACCACAGGCUCGUAAUGUGCCACUUCAAGCUUCUAUGACAGUAACAGAUGAACCUGGAUAUUAUGCAGAUGGGAACUUUGGGAUAAGAUUAGAGAAUGUACUCGUAAUCAAGGAGGCUGAUACUGAAUUCAAUUUUGGUGAUAAGGGAUACUUAUCAUUUGAGCAUAUCACUUGGGCACCAUAUCAGAUAAAGUUGAUUGACUUGAACCUCUUAACACCUGAGGAGAUUGAAUGGUUAAAUACCUACCAUUCAAAAUGCAGGGAAAUUCUUGCACCAUCAAUGGAUAAAAACGAGCUGGAUUGGCUGGAAAAAGCCACUGAACCUGUAAGUGCAUGAUAUGUCUAUAUUUCAGGAAGCCAAGGGACCUUUCUCUUCUUUUAUCUAUAUGAGAACCAAUUAUGAGACUUGUUUUCUAAAUGAUCUGAACUUGGUAGCUAAUUUAUAUAUCAUAUUUAUGGAAUAAUAGUGAUUUUCUGCAUCAA